AUGAAGGCCACGGAGCUGCGGAAGCGGGAAGGAAGGAGACCUGCGGCGUUUUUGUUGUUGGCUUUGCAAGGCCUGGCAGCAGCCAGCAGUAAACCUGCUGAUCGCCUGCGUCAUGGGCGACCCAAGGAAAAAGCAGAGCACUUUAGCAGGCGGCUGUGGAGCUUAGAUGAAAUAUCUGCUGUCACUGGCCCCCUGCUUUUUUUUUUUUUUUUCCCCAUACAUCAGAACUCCCCCUCUCUUUUACAGCUGUCAGCUAUAGUCACCGCUGGCCUCCUCCUGCUGUACAUUUUGCUGUGCUAUGAGAACUUCCAUUUCCAUGUGGCCCAUCUCUACGCUCACCUGGGGUACCCCAACGCCCAGCACCUUGUGGGACAGAGAUACCUGAAAGGAGCUGGAGUGGAAAAAAAUGAGGACAUGGCCAUGCGCUGGUUCAGACAGGCUGCAGGACAGGGCCAUCCACACUCCUCCUUCAACCUGGCAGUAGGAGCUCUCAAAAACAUGACUGCGGCGCUUGAGGAAGGGGAAGUGGAGAAGCUCCUUGGUGUGGCUGCAGACCAAGGGCUCCGAGAAGCUCAGGAGCUUUUAGAAAACAUCCUCAAGAAGAGAAACCUUCCCUGAGCAGCCGCCGCAGAGCUGGCAGCACCGACGCUGUUUCUGCCUUGCCUUUUUCUGCGUUUGG